UUCUAUCCUGAGCGACCUCAACAUAUGUUGAUGAUAAAAGUAAUCAAAAAAUAUCCGUCAAUAAUCUAUAUAACACGAUACAAACUUUGUUCCUACACUCCAAAAAAAAAAAAAUUUCCUUAUAUAAAAACAUUAACUGCAUUAGGAUUAAUAUCCACAUCAGGUGUUUUAAUUUACUCAUAUUAUGAACCAGAAACUCGCAAACAAAUUGAAAAUACGAUUCCAUUCACUCAAACAAUUUUUGAUUAUAUAUUAGGAUCAUCUGAUAAAGAUAAAAAAAAACAAGGGGUAAUUAAACAGGUCGGUGACCUAAAUAAUCAAAUAAGCAAAAAAAUCACAUCUGCAAUAAAUUAUGUUGGCAAAAAAAAAGAUAUUGUUGAAAAUAAAAUUGAUGAAACUUUUAAACAAACAAUGGAAGUUCUUCCAUUUAAGCCUCAAACUUCUAAACAUAUAGAUCAUAAUGAUAAACAAGAACAGCUACAGGAAAAAAAAAAUGAACCAAUUUUGGAGGAUUUAAGACAAUUAAAGCCAAUAUAUAAUGUUGAUGCAGAUAUAUAUAAAGCAUUAGAACAAGCAAUGAUUAAUAUUGAUGAAAAAAUUCAUCUGGCUAAUAAUAUAAUUAAGGAAUAUAUAAAUCAUGUUAAACAUCAGAUAGAUACCUUAAAAAAUCUAAUGGAAAACACUGAUGAAAUUGAAGAAGAAAAACUUAAAUGGAAAGAACUUGGCAAGAUGCAGGAUAAAAAAUCUGACAUAUCUAAAUUAAAGGAAAAGGCAAUAAAUUCUGUUAAAGCUGAAAUUCUUCAAUUUCAAAAUAUAUUCAAAGAAAAUAAAAAUAGUACUAAAGAUGAUGCUAAAUUAAAUAAGUAUCAACUUAUUUUAGAUGAAACAAUUAAAAAUUUUGAAGAUUAUCAAAAAGAAGCAAGAGAAAUAGAGAGUAAUGCCAGGAUAUUUCUUAAUUACAAGACUUUGUUGGAUGAUGCCAAAGAACAAUUUAGAAAAGAAUUACAAAGUCUAUAUCCAAAAUUUGAGAUAGGAAAAUGGACUUUAUAUGGAACAGACUACACUAAAGACGACCUUAAUACCCUAUUGAUUCAUGCACACAAGAAAAUCAAUCUUUUUCAAAAAGAAUUAGCAAAGCAAAAGGCCGAAUCUUUAGAACAACUAACUACAUCUUUAAUUGAACAACAACAAAAAUUGAGGAAAGAAUUUGGCCAGGAAUUACAUGUCAUGAUUGAAAAAGAGCAAACUAAAUGGAAUAAUGAUAACCGUAGAGAAAUAUUUCGAAUACAAACGGAUUUCGAAAAUAAAUUACGUACUAAUUUAUCCAAACAAAGUUCCUCACAUAGAGACGAAGUAGCCAAACUACUAAAUCAGCAAAGGGAAGAAUUACUGAAGAUCAACGAAAUCCGUGUUGAAGAUCUUAUGAAUAAAGAGGAAGAAAAAAAUCGAUCAUUAAGAAUGGAAUAUUUGGCGAAGAUGACAGGAAUCGAAGGAGCCAUAGAUAGAACGUUUCAAGCCCGAACGGAUUUCCUCAAUAUCUCAAAACUGUGGGUCGUUUGCGCAUCACUCAUGCAACUUUUAGAGGGAUAUCAGGAGAAAACCAAUUUAGACGAAUCUUUCGAAAAUAACGACGUUUUUACGGAAAGAAUACCUUUUCAAUUUAUUUCGGAUCAUUUGCGCCACAACUUGCCCAACAUAUUACCUUCGCUUAAAGCGGAUCACAAAAACGAAGACUUAAAUUCUGAUACCAUGCUUCUAAAUACGAUAGCCGUAUCCUUUUCCAAGUUUGAAGGGAUGGAACCCAAUAACGACGUAUACACUCUAAAAUGCUUGACCGAACGAUUUUCGAACGUUAAAAGGGUUUGUAGGAGGGUCGCUAUGAUCAAGGACCCCAAUUCCUCCCUAUUGCGUUAUUUUUUUUCUUACCUCCAAUCCUUUCUGGUCGUCACCCCAUCCAUAAGGGAUAGGAAAGGCAACAUUUUCAGGCUCGAAGAUACUUCAUCCCAACACUCCGGUCAUUUUGAUUUAAGUCACGCCAACCUAAACGUCGUAAUCGAAAAUACUGAAGAUGUACCAGCUCAUGAAGGUAAAAAAACCAGUUUUAAAGGGGAUACCUUCGAAAUUAUAGCAUUGGCAGAAUAUUACGUGACGGAAAAGAGGGAUUUGAUGUCUGCCGUAAGACUACUUAACCUACUCGAAGGGCAGCCUAGAAUAUUUGCCGAUGGGUGGAUACGGGAUACGAUCAAAUAUCUCGAGAUCAAGCAAAAUCUUAAGCUCAUAGCCGAUAUGGCGCUCUAUUUCAAUAUCAGAGACGUAACGAUUGAUCAGAGGGUUCUUACAACUCACGAACUUAGAAAACAUAAAUUGUGAAAUUUAUAUUUGGUAACUUUAUAUAAUAUAUAUCACAUUUUUUUUCUUCAUAUAAAUGCACGAGAUUGUAGUGUUACGAAUGCUAUUAUUUUUUUUGUGAUAGUUUAGAAUAAUUUUAUAUAGCCCUUUAUACAAUAUAAACCUAAUAGAUUAUAUUAUCGAUUAUGUCAAUAUAUAUAUAAGCAAAUAAUACUUAUAAAUACUAACUCAAAGCUAAUUUAAAUAUUUUUGAAAAUUUUUAUGGACAUCAUGAAUAAAUUUUAGUUUGUUAAUUUGGUUUA